AUGUCGUGCCUCUUCAGCUCUUGCUUUACUGGGAGGAACAACGCCGUUAGUAGUCGCAAUGGGGGCUCGCAUAUCGACAACGAGGAUGUGAGACCGCGACGGGUGCUGGUGCGCCAGUCGGCGGAGAAGCAGGGCCUGUUUGCGCAAAGGGGGAGCUUUGGGAGAAGUUCUGUGUCGCUGGUCGAUGAGAAGAUGGGGUUGAAGGAGGAGAUGGGGCAGCCAGAGACGGCAACGCUCCUGCACGAAGACGACGAGGUUGUCUCGGACACGUACAUGUCGGAGAAACAUAUUGAAAGCGGUAUUCUUGAUGAGUCUCUCCAGAGUGUUCCUCCGGUGGAAGUGGAGGUCGAGACGGAGGAGGAAAGUAUGGUUCGCCGGCGUCAUUUCCACAGGCGGGGCAUACUAUUCCGGAAGCCAAAGACCACCACGCGGAAAGGAGGCCCUGUUCCUAUGCUGAAACCUCACAACACGGGCGACGAACUGCAACGCCGUCUUGACUUUGAACGACAGACCAAGAAGAUGGACCAAGUUGCGGCUGAGAAGGCUUGGGCCAUCGAGAGGCAGCGGAGGCAGCAAUGGGAUCACGAAUAUAAGAGCAACAAGAGCACGCGAUGA